AUGAAUUGUGGGAUUUAGUCAUUAAUUAACUGAAUUGAAUGGUGGUCUGGUCGUACCAGCCGACGGCGGGGCAAUUGGCUGUCACAGCCGGCGUAUUUGCCAUCGGCGUUUCGCUCUUCUCCAUCGGAGCUCAUCUCUCGUUUGUUAACGCGGCUCCUCAACAGGCUCGUACAAAAGCUCGCAGCGAAGCCCUCAGAAAUCAUUUCAAGAAGCUAUUCCAAGAUUGACGCGACCAAGAGUUUUCUUAUGCGAUUGAGAACUCAACCUUCUACUUCGUUGGUAUUUCGUUAGGGGUGUUUGUCCUAUUAUAAAUCCAGAGCUUUUAAUAUGUAAUUUCUUAGCAAUUCAUAAGUAAUAUGUAAUUUCAAUAUGUUGCAUAGGGCAAGUAUAAAAUGUUGUCGGGUUUUAUAUAAAAAGCUUUAAUUUGGUGUUUAGGUUUCAUUUGUUUU